AAGCUGAAGCUUUUGCAUCACACACCAUGGAGAGAAUCGAUACGCACGCCCACAUUGUGCCCGAAGUCUGGCGCCAAUGGUGCCUGAAAUAUGGUCUCCAGCGGCCAGAUGGAAUGUCUGGCAUUCCAGCAUGGAGCCCUGAGAGCCACAUUGCGUCGAUGGAGGAAAACCGCGUAACACGAUCCAUUCUCAGCGUCACCUCCCCCGGCACGGCUUUUGGCGACACCGAUGAGAUCUGUCGCCAGAUCACUCGCGAGACCAACGACGCCAUUGCAGGGGUCUGUGGCCAGUAUCCAGACAAAUUCGGGUUCUUCGCAUCGCUGCCUCUCCCUGACGUCGACGGUUCGCUGGAGGAAAUCGACUACGCCUUGGACACUCUCAAGGCCGAUGGCUUCGCCCUCAUGACCAACGCCCGGGGUCACUACCUGGGCGAUGAGAAGCUCGAUGCGGUGUUUGCCAAACUGAACGAGCGCAAGGCCAAGGUCUUCAUGCAUCCCACGGCCUGCUGCCAUCCUGAAAACCCCAAGGGGCCCUGGCCAUUGAACAAGUACAUGGCGCCGAUGAUGGAGUAUUUCUUCGACACCUCGCGAGUGGUGACCAAUCUGCUGCUCAGCGGCACCGUGACCAAGUAUCCCAACAUCACCUAUCUCGUCUCCCACUGCGGUGCGACACUCGCCCCGCUCGUCCAGCGCAUCGCUGCAUUCUCCGGUGGUGCUUUGCCAGCAGACAAGAUCAAGGAGCUUUUCCGCACGCGCUUCUACUUUGAUCUCGCCGGAUUUCCCUUUCCUGAUCUGAUCCAUGGGUUCUUGAACAUGGCUGGUCCAGACCGUCUGCUGUAUGGCAGUGACGGCCCGUAUACGCCCCCUCCAAUGGUUGCAAAGUUGGCGAAUGUGAUGGAUGAAGAGCUUCCUAAGCUCUUUGACGAGGACACCAUUCGGCAGAUAUACUCUGGAAAUGCCAAACAGAUUCUGAAUUUGUGAACGAUAGUAUAUAAAAUGCUGCCUGCGUCUGAGUAUAAAUGAUCUAGAUAGGAGUAGAUAUAAAAAGCUAGAAAAUCAUUCUUGGAGAUGCCACCUCUUUUGGUAUGAAGGUGUCCUCGGUUCCUAUAAAUAUACACCCAAUGGGAAUCAAUAUACGGCGUCUGUUUUGUAGUCUUUCGGCCAUUUUUCGGCUAUAGCAGUGGCCAGUGGGACCUCCAUCUGAUCAAAUUUCAUUUCAUGCGAUGUUGCCUUAUUACUAAGUCCCUGGGCAACUCUUGGGGUCCUCACUGGUGGAUAGUCAAUCUUGCC